AUGUCGUGGACAACUGCCCCUGCUGCUGAGGAAAUCACCUGGACCUACACUGGCUUGGUGGGUCAGUCCGAGUGGUCGCAGUAUUUCCCCGACUGUGGAGGGACUUCUCAGUCCCCUGUUGAUGUGGUAACCACCCAGACUAAAUAUGACCCUAGUUUGAUCCCUCUGACCCCACUGGGCUACAGCCAGCACGGCAACAAGCCCUUCACUCUGUACAACAACGGACACACAGCGGUCAUUGACCUGCCAGACUGGAUGGGACUGGGGGGGCUACCCUGGCUCUUUACAGCUGUGCAGAUGCACCUCCACUGGGGCAGCGGCGGCCCAAGUCACGGGGGCAGUGAACACACCAUCAACGGACUGAGUGCAGAUGCAGAGCUACAUGUGGUGCACUACAACUCUGAGCUCUACGCCAACAUGUCCACAGCAAUGACGCAGAGUGACGGCUUGGCUGUUUUAGGAAUUCUCAUUGUGACAGGUGAGGAAACCAACCUGGCAUUUAACAACAUCCUCAACUACCUGAGCCGCAUCAGACAUGCUGAUCAGAAGGUGUCCAUCCCAGCCUUUGACAUCCAGUCGUUGCUCCCUAAGGAUCUGGGGCGCUACUAUCGCUACAACGGCUCCCUAACGACGCCGCCCUGCUACCAGAGUGUGAUCUGGACACUGUUCAAUGAGAGGGUCCAAAUCUCAAAGGCACAGCUGUUAAAGAUGGAGACAAUACUUUACACCAGUAAAGUUGAAGAUCCAGACAGAAUGCUGCUGCAGGACAACUACCGCGCAACACAGCCUCUCAACCACAGGGUCGUCUUCGCCUCCUUCACUGCAGCUCUCGUUUUUUUUUCUUCUGCAGGUGAAGUCACAGCUAUAGUAAUAGGAGUGAUGUGUGGCUGUGUAGGUCUGGCUGUAAUAAUUCGCUUCAUCGUAAAGACCAUACGCUCUACCUCUAGCUGGGACGUCCUACCCAGUAACCGGCCUGCUCCCAUGUCAAGGAUGAAGGGGCCAGAGAAAGCGAAAGAGAAAAAACAAGACAUGGCUCUGAAUUCGACCCCUAAAGCAGAAAAGAAAGAAGAACCCUCACCGUCUCCUCAGACUGAGCCCUAG